AUGAUUGCCAAAAAGACCAUUCGUGCUGCACCUCUUGUCCUUUUUGCUGCUGCUGCUCUUCCCCUCGGCUAUUUGCUGCGCUGGCGGCUGCAGCCGGCGCCCCGCGCUGCAAGACAAGUGCUGCAGAGCGCCGUAAUCGUCUUUGGCGUUUUGCGGAUUUUGGCCCCGGUGCUGCAGACGCUGACGCAGUCUUUCAGCGACGACACAGUAAUCAGUUUGACAUCUAUUUGUUUGCUGGUGCACAUCCCGCUGAACGACUACUCCUACGUCUACCGCAACCCGGAGACGAUUGACGAGCCGCUGGGCCGUUUGCUGAGUUUGAAUUUGGCGCUUUUUGCAAGUGUGCUGUUGGCUUCUCGUUUGAGCACUUCUACAGAAGUUUUUGCCUUUUUGUUCUUCGGAAUAGAGUGA